AACAUUGACCGUUGACGACGGCAAGAAGAAAGAAGAGGUGGGAGAGAAACGAAGAAAAAUUGAGACGGAGGGGGAGAGCUGCUGCCGACAUGUCUUCUGCUGCUGCAUCUCCACCAAAUCCAACCGCCGUCGCCAGCGCCGCACCUCUCUGCUCCUCCGCCUUCACUGACGCUACUCUCCCGUCCAUCAUUUACUGGUGCCACCAGUGCGACAUGAGCGUCACCCUCCUCCCUUCCCACUCUCCUCUGAUCUGCCCCGAUUGCUUCUGUUCUGAUUCCCUUGAGGAAAUGGAAAUCGGCCCCGCCCACCUCCUCUCCUCCUCUUCCCCUUCUUCCUCCUCCUCACCUGCUCCCCCUCCCCAAUCCCUCCCCUUGGUCCUCCUCACCGAUUCCGACGACGAAGAAACCGGAUCCGCCUCGGACUCUGAUGACCACCACCGUCCUCUCCGUUCCCGUGCUGCGCGCUUCCGCCGCCUCAUCGCCCAACUGGCCGAUGGAGGCGGCGAUGACCCCCUCCCGCCCUCCGACCCCACCCGCUGCUCUCCUGCCUCCGUUGCAUCCAUCGAUGCCCUCCCCACCGUCUGUAUCUCCGAGGUUGAUGCCGCUUCCUUCCCCUCUUGCGCCGUUUGCAAGGAUGAGUUUGCCCUUCUAUCUGCCGCCCGUCGCCUCCCCUGCUCCCACAUCUACCACUCCGAUUGCAUCGUCCCUUGGCUAACCCUCCACAACUCUUGCCCCGUCUGCCGCUCACCGAUCCCUGCCCCUGAUGAAUAUUCAGUCGCCGCCAGUGGACCGGUACUCCCCUCAAGUGUCUCGGCGGUGGGUGAGGGAGUUGAUGACUCGUUGCCACUAGCGCUCAGCACGGUCGAUGAGGAGGCCAUGGUGCUGACGGCUGCGCUAUGGCAAGUGAGGAGUCAGCAUCGUCUAUCGUUCCCAGUUCGGUCCCUUACAUCAGAGGCCAGGGACGCGUCGCUCUUUCAGAUGGAGCAUUUGGAUGAAACUCUAGCGGACAGCAGGGAGACGCUCGCACCGGAGCGCCCAGUGGAACGGCAGGGAUCAACCAUGGGAAGUAGCGCGGAUGGCGGUGACAAUACCACGACCCCAGAGAUUAGUGAUAAUUUUUAGUACGAAAUCCUCAUGGUUCUUGUUGUGCAAAGACUCGAGAUCACUCUUCACUCAGUCAAAUUGAAGUUUCGGUUCUACCCAUCAGUGAACUGGAGCAGGAGCUUGUCAGAUUCGAUUUUUUUUUUUUUUAUAAAUUAACGAUGCCUUAUCAAGUGUCUAGGGAGGAUAAACAACCAAAGCAAAGAAAUGACUACAACUUCAAGCUCACCACUUUUGAGAACCGUGAAUAACCAUCUUGAAUUCAUAUCAUAACUGUAAACUGUCUGUGUUAUUUCUUUGAACCAACUGUAAACUGUCUGUGUUAUUUCUUUGAA